CAGCGCCGCCGCCGCCGCCGCCACCAUUGACCCGCUGCCGACUGCCCCGUCUGCUGCCAUGUGGUGCUUCUGCUACUGAACCCCCACCAAGAUCGGAAACGGCCUCCUUGCUCGCUCAUAGCUCUCUCCUGCUGUGUCGCGCGCGCUAGCUCCUGUCAUUGCCAUGGCGACUACCUUCAAGCACAUGCUCCACCCCAUGCAGCACCACCGGGACAAGAAAGAACCGUCGCAUUCCGGCCCCCUGCACGACCGCACUGAUUCGGCCAUGGACAAGCCGCGCGAGGAAGAGAAGCACCAUCUGGCGCAAUGGGAGGCCCAGAAGCACACGCUGAGCCUUGACGAGAUCGACAUUGACCCGCAGAAGAAGCCCGUUGGCCAUUCGUCCAAAGUGCUGCGAGAGGACGACUUUGAGCUCAUCAAGACGCUCGGCACCGGUACCUUUGCGCGCGUAUGGCUGGUGCGAUUAAAAAACGCAAAGCCCGCCGACGAGAACAAGGUUUUUGCACUCAAGAUUCUCCGCAAGGUCGAUGUGAUCCGCCUCAAGCAAGUCGAGCACGUCCGGAACGAGCGCAACGUGCUUGCCAAAGUCGCAGGACACCCGUUUAUAACAACCAUGGUCGCCAGCUUCCAAUCGCUCGACUCGCUCUACAUGGUGCUCGACUACUGCCCCGGAGGCGAAGUCUUCAGCUACCUGCGAAGAGCGCGGCGCUUCAAUGAGCCAACAUCACAAUUCUAUGCUGCCGAAAUCGUCCUCAUACUAGAGUUUCUGCACGAGCGCGAAGGCGUUGCAUACCGUGAUUUAAAGCCAGAGAACAUUCUGAUAGAUGCAGAGGGCCACCUCAAGCUGGUUGAUUUUGGUUUUGCGAAGAAGGUAGAAAACAGAGAGACAUACACGCUAUGUGGUACUCCCGAGUACCUGGCUCCCGAAGUCAUUCGAAACACAGGCCAUGGCACCGCUGUCGAUUGGUGGGCCUUUGGUAUCCUUGUGUACGAGUUCCUCGUUGGACAGCCACCCUUCUGGGACCAGAACCCCAUGAAGAUCUACGAGCAGAUCGUAGAGGGCCGCGUCCGCUUUCCCUCGGCCAUGUCGCCCACUGCACGCGACCUCAUUUCUGGCCUCUGCACCGUCGACACCUCCAAGCGCCUGGGAAAUGUCGCUGGUGGUGCUCAGCGUGUCAAGCAACACGAGUGGUUCAAGGGCAUUGAUUGGGUGAAGCUCUACAACCGCGAGGUUCAGGGUCCUAUCGUACCACACCUGCGCGGACCGGCCGAUACACGCAACUUUGACGAAUAUGAGCCAGAGUCAGAAAACCGAGAGCCAUACACCAAGGAAUUGAGCGACAGAUGGGAACCAAGCUUCAAAGAUUUCUAGGCUAGAUCUUGAGACAGAGAAAUAGAAGAGAAAGAGGUUGGGGAAGAAGACCCAAACAUGUAGUUGACUACACAUGAGGGUUAGAAGAGGAUGCUAAGAUUAGACCUCUCAACCCUAGAGGCCCUUGAAAGCCCUGUACUUGGACAAUUGGAAGAUUGGCAGGGGCAUAGGCUUUGGCUCCAUUACCAUUUAUUUUUAGCCUCUUGCAAUCAUGAAGGAGUGGUUCCAACCAUCAUAGUUAGCGCGCGCACGAAUAAAUAC